GCACCCGCUGGCAUUCAGCUCAAGGCCGACCAGCCGACGUUAUCUGCUGUUGUCUUCUGCCAAACAAACCCGGCCGGCCUGUCUGCUGCUGAGUGUCAGCCAUGCUCAGUCUGAGAGCGCUGCGUCUGUCCAGCUCCGCUCAGCUCAUCGUCAAAAACCUGGACGCAGCUAAGAAGGUUUUCAUCCUCCAGCCAGCAUGUUGUCUGAGCACGAAACCGACAACGGCGUCAGAUCGUUUGCAUCUCACAAAGAGCAUGCAUUCAAAGCCCCCCAGCUCUGGAGUGGAAAACAUGCUCUUCUACACCAUCACAGAGGGAAAAGAGCAAGUGCCCGUCUCACACUUUAUCGCAGCCCUGAAAAAAACCGGCCUUCACCCGUCAGACCCUCGACUGAGGGACUGUAUGGAAAAUCUCCGACAUGCCAUGAAGGAAUCUGUCGGUGAGGUGAUGAUGGACAGAGAACUCUUCCACAGAUGUGUUGGUGGAAACAUUGUCCUGCUGAUCCAGGCCUUCAGAAAGAAAUUUAUCAUCCCUGAGUUUGACGUGUUUGCACAAAAAAUAAAUGAAAUCUACAAAACAGUGCAAAACCAAAGAGAUGGGAAGGUUGCAGACUACAUCCCCCAGCUGGCCAAGUUUAGCCCGGAGCUGUGGGGUGUGUCUCUGUGUACAGUUGAUGGUCAGAGGCACUCAGUGGGUGACACCAAACAGCCAUUCUGCCUGCAGUCAUGUGUGAAGCCUCUGCAGUACGCCAUCGCUGUGCACGAGGCAGGAACGGAGAAGGUUCACCGUUAUGUUGGCAUGGAGCCCAGCGGUCUGAAGUUCAACGUGCUCUCACUUGAUGAUGAAGAUAAGCCUCACAAUCCCAUGGUGAACGCUGGAGCCAUAGUGAUCAGCUCCCUUAUCAAGCCUCGCUCAAACAAGGCAGAGAAGUUUGACUAUGUUAUGGAGUUUGUUAAAAAGAUGGCUGGCCAAGAAUAUGUGGGAUUCAGCAACGCUAUGUUCCAGUCAGAAAAAGAAACAGGCGACAGAAACUUUGCCAUUGGAUAUUACAUGAAAGAGAAGAAGUGUUUUCCUCCGGGAGCUGACAUGAUCGAUGCCCUCGACUUCUACUUCCAGCUUUGCUCCACUGAGGUGACCUGUGAGUCAGGGAGCGUCAUGGCUGCCACUCUUGCCAACGGGGGGAUCUGCCCAAUCACGGGCGAGCGUGUGCUGAGCGCCGAGGCGGUGCGAGACACCCUGAGCCUCAUGCACUCGUGUGGCAUGUAUGACUUCUCCGGCCAGAUGGCUUUUCAUGUGGGCUUGCCUGCAAAGUCAGGGGUGUCUGGUGCCAUACUGCUGGUGAUCCCCAAUGUCAUGGGAGUGAUGUGCUGGUCUCCUCCGCUGGACAGAGUCGGAAACAGCGUCCGGGGAAUACACUUCUGCCAGGAGCUUGUGUCGCUGUUCAAUUUCCACAACUACGACAACUUGAGGCAUUUUGUGAAGAAGCAGGACCCUCGCAGACAGGAUGGAGAGGACCGGAACAAGUCUGUUUUCAACUUGAUGUUUGCCGCCUACAGUGGAGACGUGUCGGCCCUGAGAAGAUUUGCGCUUUCAUCCAUGGACAUGGAUCUGAAAGACUAUGAUUGUCGAACAGCGCUCCACGUCGCCGCAGCAGAAGGUCACAUAGAAGUAGUGAAGUUCCUCACUGAAACCUGCAAAGUUGAUCCAUUUGUACACGACAGGUGGGGGAACCUACCGGUUGAUGAUGCCAUGCAGUUUGGACAUGACGAGGUGGCGAAGGUGCUCAGAGAUUACCAGCAGGUCUGCAGACAGCAGGAAAAGCAGCACAGUGAAGCUGAGCUUCCCCGGAAGCUGGACACAAUUGAGAGCAUGGUGUGAUGUUUUUAAAUAGAUUCCUCAGAUUCUAGCAUGUCGGGGCAUUUGUGCAAUCUGUCAAGUUCAGAAAUAUUUGUAGCAGAGGGGGAUGAGUGCCAAGCGAAGGAAGGAAUUUUGACUCUUCAGCAAACUGCAGCACAACAAAGGAUCAGUGAAAAGAUAAAUAUAUGAGUAGCAAACAGUAUACAUAAGUAUAAAAAAAUCUGCUCUACUGAAAAACAUCCUUAACCCGGUUAGAGUCCAUGAUGUGUACAGUUACAUGGAACCAAGUGUGUCCAUUUGUUUUUCAUAGAGUCAGAUGUUUUCUAUGCAUAAAGGGCUUGUUGUGAGUGACAACAGUACAUUUACCUUUUUUUAAAAAAAUCUUAUUGUGCCUUUAUGAGUUUAAAUAGUUAAAACUUUGUAGUAUGUUUGGACGCAAAAUCCCAAAUUAGAAAGGGAGACAAGGACGCUAGAUAAACAUGAUCCCAGAAUACUUAAUGUGACAAUUAUUGAACAUAUAUGUGUGGUUUUCAACUGUAAAUAAUUGCAUGGAUUCUUGAAAUAGGAAGCCUUAUAGUAUUUAUGUCCAUUUUAGCUGCAUAAGCAAGAAAUUCCACAAAGUAAUGUUAUAUUUUGACAUUCAGUCCUUCUAUUAAAUAUGUUUUAUCUGCCGCCCAUAGUUUGAUAUUGUUUUGAUUUUAUUAGGUUAGUCAAGACUUCAUCGUGUCAGCAGUUUCUUAUUAAAUAUUACCAAGCAUCCACUAUAUCAUCUCAAACUAGGGAUACAUGAUGAAGACGCAGCAGGAGAGGUGCUCGGUGCUCAACUCCUUCAAAUGCCAUUACUGCAAUAGCGUGUUCUGCAUAAUCACAUUUUUUAGGAAGCAAACUGUGAAUAAAACGAUGAAGAAACACUGAGCUGGUGACUGAGGAGGAUAUAGCUAAUGUAGGCUGAGUCCGAGCCAGCUCAUUUUAAUAGACUUCCCCUCUCAGUGAUGCUUUAUUUAUAAAUGUUGAGUUAAUCAGUAUUGACAGAUUGUCCCUUUACUGACCUGCUUCAUGCAGCUGAUCCAGGCAGAGAUGAAUACAGUGAGCCUCUGCUAGCUGAAACCGCUCCACACAUGUGCUUAGGCUUCUCUUGAAUCCACCAGAUGGCACUGUGGACCCAUCGUACGAGUGUCUGGAACCACAGCUGGGGAAGCCGAAGCAUUGCUUGUACUGAACAGGGUGCCUCAGAUCCCUGCAGUAGAAGAGCAAUAAAGAGCUUACAUAAGACUGGCCUGACAUCCAGAGAGACUUCUGCCACCUGAACAGACUCUGGUGCUCCUGACAGAUCCCCAUACCUCCCUCCAGUGCAGGAACAAGCCACCAAGCGCCAACAAAACAAUAAAAUGGCCAAAAAUCUGCUAAAUCCUUCCAGUGCUGUUGCUGUAGUUGCUGGACUGAUGUUACUCCUGCACUGGUGUACGGCACAAAUUUAGACAUCCAGCACUUUGACUGAUUAAAGAAAAUAUUUACUACCCGUUGAGGCUUAUCGAUUAGGUGAGGCUACUAAUAACAGUAGGACAGUUUUCUGUGUGGACUGGUGCUCUCCGUUUUCUCAACAGCAUUCAAUAAAAUCGAUCACUUUGUUGGCAGUCACCACCUCGUGGAAGCUUGGGGCUGUUUCUCCUCUAUGGAUGACAGAGGGUGAGGGAUCAACGUGGGCUUUCUCAAUGAAAGAUUGCUUUCCAUGAUAAUUACAGUGUCAAACCCAGGGCAGUUUUUGGGCAAAAUAAAUUGGGCUUCUUUAUCAACGUGGCAGGCAGAUGUUUAUGCUUGUGGAUGAUUUGAACUUUAUGGCAUUUGGGAGGUUUAAUGAAACCAGAAUAAUGAAAAAAAAAAAAAAACAAGCUUAAUGAGCAGCAACUGGAAUGAACCUGAAACCCACAAGAUGUUUUUCAGAUUUUCAAUACUACGUUGACAAGAUAGAGUAAAGAACAGUCAGAACUUUGCAUGAACAUAUAAUAAUUACAUGAUUUUAAAGUUUUUUUUCCACAUUUUAGUACAGAAUUUGUGCUUCUAUUUAGUCAUAGUUCCCUCAUAGGGAGCAAGCUGCUUGUUGAAGACAAAUUUUGAGUUUUGCAAGCGGUUUGCAAGGCUCUAGAGUUAGCAGUGAUAGUCCUUUGGUUUGAUAGUCCACCACUUGGAAAUAUUCCCACAACUGUUUGAUGGUUUGCAAUUAAAUUUUCCUUUGAUAUCUGUGGUCUGUGGAAAAAGAACUGCACUGUUUUUUUGGGAGUCCUCUGAGCUGUACAAACACAGAGUAAAAAUAUUAAUUUAUGGGUUUCAUGACCAAAUCAAUACAAGUAAAACUGCUUAUAUUCUACUGAUUGACUUAUAUGGGUUCUGUGAUCAUGAGCAAGAUAAACUGUGGUGAAGAUGACAAACAUUUUCUCUGAAAAAACACUGGGAGCGUGUUUGCAUGCAGAGCAGUAAUGAUUUGAUCUUGUUGUAAAGUAUCUGUUGCUUCCUGCUAACAAUUAAAUUGACAGUUUUCAUUUGCAAAAAAAUAGCAAAAACUGCACUUCCUGGCAGGAUAAAAGGCUUCCAAUUACUUGGCAAUUAUCUUCCAAAAUAGCAGGUAAUCAUCCAAGAAAUUUUACAGCACUAGGCCAAAGGCUUAUCAGCAGUUGUCUACUAGUUUGUCUUACUUCAAGCCUCGAAAGUGGUGAGAAUUCAGUCAUGUAAGAGAGGCUGUUGGCUGUGGAGACCCCUGGGUCAAACCGAAAACACCUACAUUUAUUGGAACAGGAUCAAACUACUGGUCUGUGAGAGGACUCCUGGGACUAUUAGAGUUUGUACUAACAGAAGGUUACCCCUGACAGUGAGUUAAAUUGAGACGUUAAUAUUUUCCAUCUCGAGAAUAUGAUUAAUCAAGCAGAAAAAAAUGAUCAGUGCUUUGCAAUUUGUCCUACAAAUUAACUGUUUCUCAUUAAAGUAGAGAGCAUCCUCUCGUAGAGAUAUUACAGACACGCUGACCUUUUCAUUUAGUUACAGCAGCUAAGAAAAUGGUAAAGAUGUUGUUAUCCGUUAAUUCUGUGCUGAUUAACACAUGUAAUAAUCUCCAAUUAAUUUAACUAUCUUGGCUGGGUAUCUCAAAGCAGUGUUCUUGCUGAGAUCAUUAAAUAAUCACAGAAGCACUAAAGUUCAUUUUGUAAGGAACUGGGUUUUUUUUUGGAACACAUGACAAUAAAUAUGUAAUAUACAAUA